AUGUGGAUGAAUCGAUACGCUAAAUCUGCUUAUGACUUCCUUUAUGAGGAUGAUUCUGAAACAACUUCAGCCUUCAUUGGAUGGUUUGGCGCGAGCAAUACCGACAAAGUCAACUAUAUCAGGAGGGAGGUCUACGAUCCCAUUGAAGCGUUGGGCUCUUCAGCUACAUGGUACGUCGCCGAGCUUGAGGAUCUAGAAGAGACCCUAGUCAUCGGCUGCGGAACAGUUCGCAAUACAGAUGAUUGCCGCGCCCGAGGCACCCACCUUGUUGCCAACAAAUUGAAGAACACCAUUGUCGUUUGUCCAUCCUACUUCUUCAAUAACGGAGCUGUGGCGUCAGAUGACGCAGAGGAGCAAUCGAUGUCAACGUGGAGGCUGGAACGAAAACUUCUACCUGCUGCUGGGUUUGCUUUGCUGCAUGAAGUAAGCCACAUCACAAGUGUGGUUGGAGAUUUCGAAUAUUGGACAGAUGAGUUGGCUUCCACCGAUCAUGCCUACCCGCCGUCAGAAUGCAUCAAAUUGCCAGACCUCAGACGUAUUAAUAAUGCCCAAAACUAUGCUCUAUUUGCAUUAGACGUCAGGACAAACCCGGGAUAUACGAGUAAGCAAGUUGAUAUGGAUAUAAAAGACCCUCAACAGUUUGCAUUGAGAUGGCUUAGAGCUGGAGUUAGCGGUAAAACGGAGGAGCCAUAG